GCCCCAAGCAAUAAGUGCGAGAAACCGAUAAUGGAGGGUGUGAAGCACUUUGUCUUAGUUCAUGGAGCCUCCCAUGGGGCUUGGUGCUGGUACAAGCUUGUCACCCUGCUCAAACAGGUUGGUCACCGUGUCACUGCUUUGGACCUUGGCGCUUCUGGGAUCAACCCCAAGCAGCUGACGGAGGUCAUUUCUAUUUGGGACUAUCUGCAGCCGUUGAUGGAGUUCAUGGCCUCUCUCCCUCAAGGAGAGACGGUGAUUUUGGUUGGUCACAGCUACGCCGGCCUCUGUAUAUCUCUGGCCAUGGAGAGCUUCCCUGAAAAAAUUUCAAUGGCAGUUUUUCUCACGGCCUAUAUGCCAAGCUUAGAGUCUCCACCAGGAACUCUCAUACAAGAAUUCUUCAAAAGGAACCCUGCAGAAUCCUUUUUGGAUUCCCAGUUUUCAUGGGAUUCAGUAACCCUUGGCUCGGAUUAUAUGACGACCAAGAUGUACUCCCACUGCCAAUCAGAGGACUUGGAACUGGCCAACAUGUUGGUAAGGCCAACUAAGAUGUUCUUGGGAGACUUUUCCAAGGAGUGUAUGCUGACAAAAGAGAAAUACGGGUCAAUCAAUCGGGUUUUUAUAGUUUGCGAAGAGGAUGAAGUGAUGCAGGAAGAUUUUCAGCGUUUGAUGAUUGAGAACUGCCCUCCUAAGGAAGUGAAUUUAAUUAGAGGAGCUGCCCAUAUGGUCAUGCUCUCAAAGCCCAAGGAACUCUGCCAAAUGUUACUUGAAGUUGCUGGGAGAUACCAGUAGACAAAUUUUAGUAUCUGUUAAAUAAAUAUAUGAAACUAUGUUAAAUAGCUUUGAUACCAUGUUAAAAUAAAUAUUUGAAAUAGAGAAAAUAUGUGAAAGAGAGAAAGAACGGAAGAGAGAACGGAAAUAUAUUAAGAACUACGUUGUAUUGAGUCUUA